AUGUCGCAGCAAGACUCUCAACAAGCUCACGUUGAAGACUUCGUAUCCCGAAACGCUUCGGGUUCUUCUGAGCCAACGAAGGUCUCACAAGGUGGCCACGAAAUCCAACAGCAUGAUUCCUGGAUGGAGAGUUCAGACAACACUACCUAUCCUGACCUGAGGUCUCAAGAAUCAACAAAACCUACCUCCAGUCGACAACCUGUCUCAAGGGCCAGUCCAAAUCCUGCUUACGAUCGUCCAGUCAGUGGUCAUCUUACCGGCUCCACUCUCGAGUCUUUCGAUAGUUGGAUCUUUGAUGACCAGUUCUUGACCGAACUACCAACACCGCAGACUGCGACUCAAAAUCGAAUGGUCGUAUCCUCUGUCAAAAAACCAUAUGACAGUCAGCCGGAAGUUCUGGACCAAUCCCUGGACAAACAGCCUCUACAGUAUGCGAGGCAGGAUGCUUACGUUAAUCCAUUUAUGAACCCUUUCUCGAUCAGCAAUAGUCUUGCUACCCCAAAGACAUUAUACCACGAACAUGAAGACGACUCCUUUCACUAUGAUCCCUCCCAAGCCGGCCCAGCUGAUCAGUUUUAUGGUCAUAUGGAGGAUUACUUGCGGCAGCCGAUAGCGCCUUCUGUGCUUGGAGACUCGAAAAUUGCCAGAGAAGAGGUGGCAUUAGGUUAUCCUCAUUUCCCUGCGGAUACAAUUGCCCCACCACCUCAGUAUGACCACUUUAAGGCCGCUGGGAAUCAUAUGCGCAACUCCCAUGCGAUGCAGCCGGAACAUAGAUCGAUAGCUGGUCAGUCAUACAACGCUUACCAGCAACAUCAACAAGCUGAGCGCUUCAAGGAUCUAUCUCAGCCUUCUCUACAUCUUCCUAAACUUCUUCCUCGUCCUUCACAACACCAACCUCCCCUGGCUCCACCAAACCAGGCACCUCCGGCCUCCGGGUCUGGGAUACGUCUUCGCUUUGCCAAUCGUGGAGAAGGUCUCCGAGAAAUGUCAAUUCGGCCGAUAACCUGGCGGUCACCAAGGAAUGAUAUGACAAUUCCGCAGACUGAUGCAGGCCGAGUUGUUGUUGUCCAGAGACUUCUUGCUGCGAUGAUCGACAUCACCGAAGCCAAAGACUCGGGUCGGUCUUUUCAAAGGCGUUGGGCAACACGAUCAGAAGACCAGCCUUUCUACGACCUCAAGGAUAUGGAAAUCGUCUGCUGGGAGCUAGCUCACAUUGCUGAGCGCCUGCACAGGAAUGGCCCUGCAGAAUUGAUGAUGUUUGAUCCGGACGCGUUGAAGAACAACGCCAGGACACAAGACUUGACGUUCGAAGAACGUAUCGAUAAUUUGUGUCAACUCAUGCGUUACUCGAAGGCGCGAUGCGACAUUCUCAUGAAGGGCGACUCUUGGGAAUUGGUUGUGGUGCAGAGCAAGCUGAUGCUACAAGAGUCAAAGAUCAAUCGAAAGCAGAACACGACUCGGAAGAAGAUCCAGAAGCUGGGACGAAAGGCUCUCAGGAGGCAGGAGAGACCUGAGGGUGAAGAGGAAGAUAGUGACGCCGAAGGCACGGCUCUGGUAGAUAACGUCGACAAGAGCGCUGCAGACGACAAAACAGAUCCUCUACUGACUCACAAUACUCCCAUCAGCCUCAACAAGCCCAAUCAUAGGCGCAAGCGUUCGGCAAUGGAAUCGCGGCUGGAUGAUGGAGAGAAUACUUCUGCCAACGACUUCAAACGCGUCAAGCAGACACCGACACCUCUCGAGCAGGCGCCAAAUUCAGCUUAG